UUAACGACGUUUAUGUGUUCAUGUCUAAUAUACGGUCUAAAAAUAAAACCUUUAUCUUACAUCAGUGACUCAUGGUGUUCAGUGGUUUUCUUCUUUUCAUACUAAAAAAGUAGGAAAACAUAAAAUAAGGGCAGUGCUGAGGCAAUUAGUAACAUUUUCCAGGAAGAGGAGGAGACGAUAGAUGGGAGGGUUCAUCCUCCUUUACUGAGAAAUGAAAGUUAAUAUUCUCCGUCACUUUUCCGCACAACGCAGAUAACUCAGCAGGCAUGGCCUCAGCCAGCAGCCUCCCAUGUGAACAGCUGCUGUGUUCGAUCUGUCUGGAUGUGUUCACUGAGCCUGUCUCGACUCCAUGUGGACACAACUACUGCAAGUCCUGUAUCACAGGGUACUGGGCCAGCAGCAGCCACACACAGUGUCCACUCUGUAAUAAGAAGUUCCGCAGAAGACCUCAGCUUCAAAUCAACACAGGGUUUAGAGAUAUGGUGGAGCAUUUUAAAAACAUGACAGAGAAAAACACCGAAGAGCCUCACAAAGAGCUCCAGGUCAAAUCAGGAGAGGUUCCCUGUGACGUCUGUUUGGACCCCAAGCUAAAGGCUGAGAAGACAUGUCUAGUUUGUCUGGCCUCGUACUGUCAGCCACAUCUCGAACCUCAUCACAGAGUCAAGAACCUCAAGAAGCACAAGCUGACUGAUCCUGUGGUAAACCUGGAGGACAGAGUGUGUAAGAAGCAUGACAAGAUGUUUGAGCUCUACUGUCAAGAAGACCAGGUGUGCGUUUGUUUCAUGUGUCUGAAGGACGACCACAUGAACCAUAAAACUGUCCUAUUAGAGCGAGCCUUCAAGGAGAGGAAAACGCUCAUGGAGAGUAAGAUAUCAGACAUGAAGUUGACGGAAAACUUAAAAGCCAAAUGGAUUAAAAAAAUCAACUACUCAGUUGAACAGCACAAGACAAAUACUCAGAAAGAGGUCACAGAUGUAGGGGAGGUGCUCAUUAAUGUGGCAGCAUCUCUGCAAAGACACCAGGUUAAGCUGGUUGAGCUGAUUGAGGAGAAGCAGAAAGAAGCAGAAAAACAGGCUGAAGAUGACAUCAAGCAGAUGGAGUUACAACUGACUGAGCUAAGGAUGAGAAGAUCUGAGAUGGAGCAGCUAUUACAAACAGAGGAUCAUCUCCUCUUCCUCCAGAACACACCUAACAUGUACUUCCCGUGGGACUGUGAGGACCAGGUAUACCCUUUGUCCUACAUCAGGUCAUUCUCACAAGAUUACUUUGGUCUGAAUCAGAGCUAUGUGAAGAUGGUGAAGAAAGCAGGUGCCAAGAUGGAGAAGAUGCUCUCUAAGGAGAUGGAUGCCCUGAUUAAUGAGGUCAAAUCGUCUGAUGGUUACAAUACUGAUUCUGAUGAUACAGAUGAGUUUGUUGAAGGUGUAUGGAUCCCACCUAAGGAUAAGCUAAUGAUGAUCCAGCAGUAUGAUGCAGUGGAGGUGACUCUGGAUGCCUACACAGCCAAUCCCAAUCUGAAUGUGAAUGAAGAUGGGAAACAACUCACAUAUAAAAAGUCUCUUAUUGUGCAACAGCAGUAUCCCACUUUAUUUGCUAGGAGAUUUGCAAAUCAACCCUUUGUGCUCGCUGAAGACGGCUUCUCCUCAGGGCGAUUCUACUAUGAAGUUGAGGUGAGCAGGUGCCCACACUGGGUUUUGGGCGUGGCCCGAGAGUCAAUUAACAGGAACAUAUUUUGGCUUCCAAGCCCAAGUGACGGAGCCUGGACAAUUACCUCAAAGUCCAACUACUUUGGAGAGUAUGUUACCGACGCUGAGCCACAGAAAGUUGGUGUCUUUGUUGAUUAUGAAAAGGGUGAAGUGGCCUUCUACGAUGCAGAGACCAGGACUAUGAUCUACUCCUACACAGAAUGCACAUUUACUGAGGCUGUUGCACCACUAAAAUGUCUUCUAUAUUCCUUGGCAGGAGCAUCCAUAAGUAACAGAUCAAAGCUCUACCCAAUUUUUGGAAUCUGUGGAGAUAAUUCACAUGAAGUUCUCUACAUCACUCCUGUUGCUACAACAGUUCCCAGUAAACAGUGAACCACAGUAUAUAUCCAGAGAGACUGAGUGACUUCCACAAACCAGAGGCCAUUUUGUCACCUGUUUCUUUUAUUGUUGGUGUGGAAAUAGAUGCAAAGGACAAUAUUGGCAAUGAAAAUAAGAAAUCACACUGCAGCAAUUUGCAAAACAGUCUGAAAUCUGUCGAGUUGCAUGAUCUUGUUAGUAAAUGAAUGCUACACAGUUGUUGGAAGUGCAGAUAUUAAGAUUUCCAAUUUCAGCACUUGCUGGGAUAAUCUGUUUUGAAAAUGCUGCAACAACCCAGAGACAGGGAUAUCAGUAGUUACAUAUUACAGAAGUUUGUUACACUUCUAUAUAAACAAUUUACCAGUUUAGAAAACAUUAUUGGUACAUUGUAUGCCUUGUAUAUCCAUCACUGUUUUCUUGUGUGCUAAUGUCAGGCAAAAAAUCUGUUUGUGAUAAUUUUAUCCAAUUAUCCCAUCAUUUCCAUUUUUGCUUUCAUUUAUAGUAAUACCUGCAUCUCUCCAGGAGAUGGCGCCAUUCUUUAACCUUUUUUUGUAAGCGGCUUAAUUGUAAAAUGCAGGGAUCAUUGUGGUGUUUUAUAUAAAUACUUUACAAACAUGAGUAAAAAAGACAUCUUCAUGCAAUUUAACACCUAUGCACAGUAUACAAACGUAGUUUUUUGUGUAUGUUUCUUUUUUACAGUAUACUUCUGAUAUUAAAAGUGGUUUUAUUGGAGGUGA